AGUUUGAAGUUAACUGUUCAUUGAUUAACAUUAAAACAAAAAUUGAAAAUGAGUGAAAAAUUAUUAUCAAUUUUGGUGCUUUUAAUGGUUAGUAGCGGUGAGGUUUUAUCGCAAGGAUAUAUUUGUUCAGGACUAUGGCAAGGAGAAAUUGUCGCCAAUCCAAAUGAUUGCACGAAGUUUUAUUCAUGCGUUUUGUUCAUACCAGUUACCAUUGACUGUCCCCAGAACCAAGUUUUUGAUAGAUAUUUAUUAAAAUGCGUCCCUGGAAAUCCUGAAACAUGUGAGAUUUUCGGCAGUUCUUCAACAACAACUGCUCCAACUUUGCCAACUACGCCAAUCACACCAAUAGCUUCAACCACGCCGAAUACACCCACACCAGAAAUUACAUCAACAGUUCCGAUUACACCCACACAAGGGACUACAACAUCAUCGCCAAUUGAUCCCGUUGACCUUGACGAGAUCUGUCGUGGAGUAUUCUUCGAGGCUUUGCCAUAUCCAAACUCACUCGAGCACUACGUUGGAUGCAUUCGUGGCAGUGGAGUUGUGUUUAAAUGCUAUGAAGAUGAAUUCUUCCAUCCCGUCAUUCAUGAAUGCUUACAAUAUCCAACCACAGAAGAAUCAACCACUCCAGAAACCACAACGACUACAAGAUUCAUCUCCACAACACUUGCGCCUAGUCUGGAAGGAAUUUGUGAAGGCAAAUUUUUUGAUUACAUCGCACACCCCACAGCAUGUGCACUUUACAUUUUCUGCUAUGAAGAACUUUUCAAUAUCAGACAAUGUCCUGAAUUUCAAAUUUGGAAUGAUUCAGAUAAAACUUGUCAAUCGGGAAAUCGAGUGACUUGUGAAUUAACUGUUGAAAAUACUCUUCCGAUAACUGAGCCAACGACACCUGAACCUGUUACGACACCUGAAACAACAACAUCUCUACCAGUCACACUUUUGCCAACAUCAACAGUUGUUUAUAAUCCUUGCGAUGGAGUUUCAAGUGGAAGCGUUCCGGAUCCGCAAGAUUGUACAAAAUACUUCAGAUGCGUUUCUGAGAUACCAAUUACUUCACAAUGCACAGCUGGUCAGAUUUUUAGUGCACAAAGAAUGCUUUGCGUUACUGGAAACAGCGAAACAUGUCAACCAAGCUUGUAAUUACUCUUAAAUAUUAUCAUAAUGUUAAAAGGAUUUGAUUAUGAUAAAUAAAGAUUUGUAGUUCUUUAUCAUUUGAGAUAAAUAAAACGACCUGAUUCACUGUAUAAUUCAAAAUGUACAUCACGAUAAGAUAAUGUUGUUAUAGAACCUUGGGUAAUUUCGAUUGAUAAUUUGCUAUCGUUGAGUAUUUUAAAUUUCAUUAAGUAAAGAAAAAAAUAUUUUUUUUUAGACUAUCGUAACUGAUACAGAAAUAAAAUCAAUUGUUUAAUUGACACA